AUGGGACACUGUUAUGGACUGUUCACUUUUCAGCCCCUGGCAUGGCUGUGCAUAGCACCCAUCCAGACUUCCCUUGCUGUGAAACCAGCCUGACCACCAGUCUGGGAGAGCAAGCCGUCCAUAGCUGCCUGGAACCUGACAGACCUGCGGUUCCUGACGUAUGAUGUCAUACUGAACUUGAAAAUCCAUAUGAUUGGAAGUCCAUUAGCUAAAGCAAGAGGGCACACAUCUCAGGAAGUGCCUGUUAGCGGUGGCCUACCCUAGAACUUCAGUUUGCAAACUCAUCUGGAAAAAGACGGCUGUGACAUGAACUGUUACAUCCCAGCUAAAGGCUUCAGUGCCUUAGCUGUUGUAGUCUGAGAGCACUGGGGAGUUUGGUUGGCCCGCAACUGGGAUGCAAAAAAUGUCUACAGAAGAAAAUCCAGGAAACUCAUAAGCAAAAUGGAAGGGAGUAUUUCAGCAAAUGACGUUGAAUAUUUCAUCAGAGUUUCCUCUGAAGAAAGUGCAAAAGCUUUUAUGAAGGAAACAAUUGAAUUAGGAAUGAAAAGCAGACCAAAGGGCCUGUGGGGAUACUAUUUAUACCCUGACUGUCAUAAUUACCAUUUCUGUGAUCAGAACUACGCUGGUUCCAGCCCAGAGAGUGAAGUUCUGAAGAACAAUGAACUUUCCUGGCUCUAGAACAGCAGUGCAGCCCUGUAUCCUUCCAUUGGCACUAAGAAACCCCUUGGAAACAGUCAAAAUAUUUUGCACUUUUCUCACUUUUCUCAGUUUUGGUUGGAUGAAUCCAUAAGGAUUUCCUCCGUGACAUCCCAAGAUUAUGCUUUGCCGAUAUUUGUGUAUACUUGACUAGGUUAUAGCGAUGAACCUUUAUUAUUUGUCUUUAUGUAAUAUCUUAUUAACACUAUUGGAGAGAGUGCCCUGGGAGCUGCAGGCAUUCUUGUUUGGGAAGUGAACUGAACUUCUUCAGAGAGCAAUUGGACAGAAGUUCAAAAAUUAAUUGAUUCUGAAUUAGGGCCCUACAUUACCACUGUCACAGCAGCAGCUGAGCUGUUCAGCAGGCACCUUUGUUGGGACAAUGCAUGAUGUGUGUUGGGACAAUGCAAGAACCUGGAGGGCCUCGGCUUCUGGACAGAUGCCUUGGAGGAUCAAGGAUUUAUUGUGAGAAGAGAAGCAUCAAAUGAAGAUCUGCAAAUCAUGGCAGAGACAUUUGUCUGCCACUGUUACCAGGGUUAUGAAGGAACUGACUGUGGGCAAGUUAAAGGUGCUAAUGACCAUCCAGGGAGCUCUGCAGACUGUCUCACCCAGAAGAUUUGCAGUGAUCUGCCUGCUUCCUUUGCCUCUGAUGCAUCCUCACUAAUGACUGUCUUAGUCAAAGGGCUGGUUUCAGUCAGUUAA